AAAUUUUAGUUUGUACAAAUGCGAACGCGCGCGUUGGUCGUGUGUGGUACUCGGGAUGAAUUUCUACCAGAGCUUCUACCAGAACUACCAAAAGAGCAACUUCUUCUACCACGGCGACAAGAAGGGGAAGGGGGAGGAGGGCAAGGGGGCCAAGUCGGACACGGGCUACGCGAGCGGCGAGAGUUCGGCGGAGAGCGACGACGAGAAGGAGCUGAGCCAUGUCCUGGAGCCCCAGAACAACAACUGCGACACGGGGGGACCCAGGAAGUGCCUGGCGUGGGCGUGCAAAGCGUGCAAGAAGAAGACGGUGGCCAUCGACAGGAGGAAAGCGGCCACGCUGAGGGAGAGGCGGAGGCUGAGGAAGGUGAACGAAGCCUUUGAAGUCCUGAAACGCCGUACCUGCAACAACCCGGGUCAACGACUCCCCAAAGUGGAGAUCCUGCGAAGCGCCAUCGAGUACAUCGAGUACCUGGAGGAGAUCCUCCAGGGCGCCAAGUCGCCGGCCGACACCGAGAACAUCAUCUCCGCCGCCCCCAAUUACGUAAACUGCUCGUCGGCGCAUUUCGUCUCGGAUCGGCUGCAGGGGUUCGGGGAGGCGAGGUAUCCCACACCAAAUACUGGCUUCGACGUCGCCAGCACCGCCUCCAGCCUGGAUUGCCUCAACCUCAUCGUCCAGAGCAUAACGAGCAAGAAGGUCGAGAGCAACGAGCCCACGUGACUUCGGCCGACGUCACGUGACUAUUUAUUUCGAGGAUUACGAGUACAACGUAUUUUUAAGUUGAAUAAAGUCGU